UAAACCAUUUAGAAUUUAAUUUCAGUCUCUUACUAGAUCUCAGAUUCUUCCCUAAAAAUGGAGAUUAUUACAGUGUCAUCCCUUGCCUUCUCUUUUGCUUUUGCUACCAUUUUAGCAUGUGUGUGGAUGGCGCUGGAUUGGGUUUGGUUCAAGCCGAAGAAGCUAGAGAGGUUGCUUAGACGGCAAGGUUUCACCGGCAACUCGUACAAACUUCUUUAUGGAGACAUCAAAGAAUGUCCACGAUGACAAAACAAACAAAAACCAAACCCAUCAACCUCUCCGAUGAUAUUGCGCCUCGAAUCUUGCCAUACUUCAAUCAUAUCAUCAAGAAAUACGUUACACAAAAUUCUUCAUGAGGCACUAAGGUUAUAUCUACCAGUGUCUCAAUUUACUAGAACUACUACUACAGAGUACAAAUUGGGAGAAAUCGUUGUACCACCUGGAGUUAUACUUUCAAUGCUAGUAAUUUUGGUUCAUCGGGAUGAAGAAUAUUGGGGAGAUGAUGCAAAAGAGUUCAACCCUGACAGGUUUUCUCAAGGAGUUUCAAAGGCAUCAAAGAAUGAUCAAGUCUUGUUCUUUCCAUUUGGUUAGGGUCCCAGAAUAUGC